AUGACCAAGGGUUGCUACACUUGUCGGCGGCGUCGCAUCAUUUGCGAUAACGGUCAACCCACUUGCCGAAAAUGUCGAGAUGCCGGAAAGGAAUGCCUGGGCUAUCAAAAGCCGCUGGUCUGGGUGAAAGGCGGAGUGGCCAGUCGAGGCAAGAUGAUGGGUCGUAGCUUUGAUGAUGUCAAGAAACCAGAUGACGAGGAAAGAUAUGGGAGCUUUGCAAGAACCCACCCGCCGAAAACAAACGGCACGGGAGCAUAUGGCUUUAUCUCGAUUGCGGAAACGACAUCCUCGGCGAAUAGCUCACCGAGUUCCGGCACGUACACGAGUCCUGAAUCCGAUGGAUAUGCACAGGAACCGAUAGACGACAGCAUACCUCGAUGCAAUGUGGUGAACACAAGUGUGACUGAGUCGUCUUCCUCGGAACAAACGGACAACAGAUUGAUCCAUGUCUCUAGAGAUGGCCCUUCAGUGAGUUACACCUCUGCGCCGCGGGGACUGGUUGAUCCAUUGUUCAAAGACAUGAGUCAAGCCUCACGGUUCUAUCUAUAUCAUUAUAAUCAAAAUAUGGCCCACGAUUUUGUCGUGUAUCCUCAAUCUAAAAACCCAUGGCGCGAUCUCAUCUCGCUGGUUGGUGACUCGACGCUACUUGCGCACGGUAUAUGUGCCAUGAGUGCCUUGCAUUAUUCUCUCAUGUCGGACUCCGACUCAUCUCACAUGCCCUGGUCAUUGAACGAUCCCUCGACACAGAAUCAUCCGCCAUUGUCGCCCAGGGACCUCCAAGCACUUGUGUCCCCAGCAAGUCACCGGCGAUCCUCAUCCAGAGCAUUCCAGCAUUUCCUUGAAUUCAAGCAGCGAACACUUCACCAGCUGUCCAAAGACUUGCAGAAUCCUGUCAUGCAACGAGAUGAUCGAACCCUUGCCGCAAUUGUGGUACUUGCCCUGGUAGAUGUCUUUGAGUCAGGGAGCGGAGCAUGGAGCUAUCAUAUUGAAGGUGCCAAAAAGCUUUUGAGAGAUCGGCCAGAAAAUAAGGUUGGACAAGGGAUCCUUGACAGUCUCGAAACCUUUGCACUGGAUGGUUGCCUAAUCAUGGAAAUCAUGGGCUCAACCCUCGCUCGUCCCGGAGCCCUUUCUAAACCCUUUUUUUCUGCUACGAUGGGCCCAGCAAUGCUGAAACGCCUCGAGGAAACCUCGUGGGUUGGCUGCCCUGCGUACCUCUUGGAAGUGAUCUUCUUCAUCCACACCCUCUGGUAUUCCGACUCCGAAACCACCACGACCAUCACGCCACAACCCUCCGCUCUAUCGUCCUCAAUGCAUCCGGGUCAACCUCUUACCCUAGCCUCCUAUCUCGCUCUGCUUCAAGGCAUCCGCAACUUUGACCCUGUGGCUUGGGCCCACCACAUGCAAUCUUCCCACUAUCUCUCAGAUCUCUCUCCCCGCAUCGCAUUGGCCAAAUCUUACCAAAACGCAGUCUAUCUGUACACUAGCCGGGUGCUGAAUCGCGCCCGUGCCGGCUAUACGCCCCCUUGGGCAGAUGUCGGUCUCCCCGCCGACCACGCCGCCACCGCAAGUUACCUGCUCGAGCAAAUCUGCUCGGUACCACACUCGGACCCGCAUUUCAAAUGCCUCAUCUGGCCCACUUUCAUCGCCGGCGCUGAGUGUCGAUGCCCUUCGCAAAGACCACUCAUUUUGGAGAAACUGGGCGCUCUUUACCACGCCGUCACCAGUGUCAAUGUGCAAAAUGCAGCCUGGGUGUUGCGUCUUAUGUGGGAGAAGCAUGAUCAGCGACGACGGGAGAAACCCAGCAUAUCUUCCCUGGCAAACAUCACCGGAGAGGUCAUCGAAUCGUCUUCAGCAGGAAUGGAUCCCGAUGGAAAAGACCUGGGUCACCGGGAUACUUAUCAUGAAAUUGACGACGGAUACGAGAACACGUUCGAUUGGGUGGACGAAUUGGAUGAGUCACGUCUGGACUGGUUAUUUAUCUGA